CUUCCUCCCCAAAACAUCCCCUCAGGGGCAGCUCUUUCCCUCUCAGCAGAGCCUCAGAGGGACGAAGAAGAAGAGGAGGCGGGAAAAGGCCACUCAGAGGCUCCCUCUCCAGCCAAGGGCGAGGAGGCUCCAACCCAGGGAAGAGUGGGCUGUGUAGCUGCCAUCUUCAGCUCGCCAGGCGACCCACAAAAGAGGAAGAGGAAGGGGAGAAAGAGAGAGAGAGAGAAAGAGAGGAGAGGGGGCAGCAGCAGCAGCAGCCACCAAGGCUUUCCGUGAAGGUCGUCUUUUGGCGUGGCGUCUCCAUCGCCUUUCUCCACGCCGCUUUGGGAAGCCGCCUUUCGGUUUUAUUCCCAUCUAGUCAGACAGACCUAUACCUAUAGAUAUAGAUAUAUAUUGAAGCUCCAUUGUGUUUUAAAGAAGCCUCCCUUUCUCCUCCUGCUCUGGUCCCAACCUUGCGAGCUGCUGCUGAAGGCUGCCUCGAACAAAGGAAGGCGCAGCCCAGACACCUUGGCUUGGAUUUUUUUAAAUAGAGAUAUAUAGAGAUAUAUAGAGAUACAUAGUCCUUCCUCGUGGAGCCCCAGAAGGGAAGAAAAGCUUAACAGGAUUUCAAAUUCAUUUUGUGGCUUUCUCUGACUUCCAAAGAUCAACUGGACUUUAAGAUAAGCUGUCUAAACCAAAAUGCAUUUCAGAACAGGACUAGAACUAACUGAGAUGCAGAAUAUGAGAAUCCCAGAAGAUGACAACGUCAGCAAUGAUUCCAAUGAUUUCACAGAAGUAGAAAAUGGUCAGAUGAAUAGCAAGUUUAUUGCAGACCGUGAGAGCAGAAGAAGCCUAACCAACAGCCACUUGGAAAAGAAGAAAUGUGAUGAAUAUAUUCCAGGCACAACAUCAUUGGGAAUGUCUGUCUUCAAUCUCAGCAAUGCCAUCAUGGGCAGUGGGAUAUUAGGCCUUGCCUUUGCACUGGCAAACACAGGAAUCCUGCUCUUUUUAAUGCUUCUGACUUCAGUGACAUUGCUCUCUAUUUAUUCAAUAAAUCUCCUGUUAAUCUGUGCAAAGGAAACAGGCUGUAUGGUAUAUGAAAAGCUUGGUGAGCAAGUCUUUGGCACUCCAGGAAAAAUUAUUGUUUUUGGAUCUACAUCUCUUCAGAACACUGGAGCAAUGCUGAGCUAUCUCUUCAUUGUUAAAAAUGAAUUACCUGCUGCCAUAAAGUUUCUUAUGGGAGAAGAAGAAACAUUUUGGGCAUGGUAUGUGGAUGGGCGAGUUCUUGUUGUAACAGUGACAUUCUGUAUAAUCCUUCCAUUAUGCCUUCUUAAGAAUUUAGGAUAUCUUGGCUAUACAAGUGGUUUUUCUCUGACUUGCAUGGUAUUUUUUCUCAUAGUGGUGAUCUACAAGAAAUUUCAGCUUCCCUGUCCUCUUCCAGGAACAAAUACAAAUAGAACAGACUCGACAUUUUCAAACUCUAGUUUUGUCUAUGAGGAUAUGUGCACACCCAAGUAUGUGACCUUUAAUUCUAAGACAGUAUAUGCUUUGCCCACCAUUGCAUUUGCAUUUGUGUGUCAUCCUUCAGUCCUUCCAAUCUACUGUGAACUUAAAGAUCGCUCACAGAAAAAGAUGCAGAUGGUUUCAAAAAUCUCUUUCUUUGCCAUGUUUCUCAUGUACUUCUUAACUGCCAUUUUUGGCUAUUUGACAUUUUAUGAAAAAGUGCAGUCCAAUCUGCUUCACAAGUACCAGAGUAAAGAUGACAUCCUGGUCUUAACAGUCCGUGUUGCUGUCAUUGUUGCAGUUAUACUCACAGUCCCAGUGUUGUUUUUCACUGUGCGCUCUUCUAUUUUUGAGCUCGCUAGAAAAACCAAAUUUAAUUUAUGCCGUCACAUUGUGGUUACUUUGAUCCUUUUGAUGAUUAUUAAUCUGUUAGUUAUUUUCAUACCUUCCAUGAAGGAUAUUUUUGGAGUUGUAGGAGUAACUUCUGCCAACAUGUUGAUCUUUGUUCUCCCAUCUUCCCUCUAUUUAAAAAUUACCCACCAAGAUGGCUCAAAACUGAUUCAGAGGAUUUGGGCUUCUCUCUUUUUGGCACUGGGAAUAUUGUUCUCCCUUGUUAGCAUUCCUCUUGUCAUCUACGACUGGGUACAUUCAGGAGACAUCGCUGAUAGCAACUGAGACACUGAGAAGAACAUGUUUUCAUUUUGCUACUCACCAAAUUUGUAUCAGGCCAUUUUGUCAGUAUAUCUCAUUCUUCAUGAGGUUUCCACAUCAAUUUUUUUUAAUUGAAAUACUAGUAGGAGAUGUUUUCCUGCAGGAGACAGACAUUUUACUGUAAUAUUUCAUGCUGUUUUCCAUGUUCCCACAAGCUACGGCAUCAGUAUUAAUUUCAUGAUUAUGGUAGUACAAUCCUACAUGUUCAUAGAUUUGUCCAUGAGUAACAGGUAUUCUGUGUGUGGUUGUUAACACAAAAAUAACUGAAGGAUGCUCUCUACUUAGGUCAUAUACUUGCAAGCUCAUAUAUCAAUUUAUGUUCAAUUUAAGAUCAAUUAGCCAGCCUUAAUCAGAUGUAGCUUUCAGUUCUUGGAAAUAAUUUUGCAUCUACCUGACUAUACUGAUAUAGCCGUGUGGUCACUGGAUAGGUAAUUUAGUGUUUGGUUACCGAUCACAGCUGGAACAGUGUUAAUAUCAGUAAACACAGCUUGUAUAUAAUUUAGCCUUAGUAGUUCACCCCUAUGGGAGUUGUCUUUGUACAUUCCAUUUUGUAUUAAUCUGUGACAAUUCGUGCACAUAUAUUAUCUAUCUUUUCCCCCCAGAAAUAGUUUAUAUUCAAAACAGAGUUUGGCAGUUACUAUAGCUUUCAGAUUUUCCCAGCCAGCCUGAACAAUCAGUGGCUCUUUGUUGGUCAAUGAAGAGGCAGGUAAAGAAUUUGGGGAAUUAUACUUCAAAAAAAGGGCAGUUCAAACAGUCAGAGAUUACAAAGGUGUUGAUAGUGUGCAUUUCUAGCAACUGCAUAAUACAUCAGUCUAGAACUGCAGAGUUGAUAAGUUGUUGAAAUGUUCAGAGUUUUCCUAGAGAAGAUUGCUUAGACCUUUGCCCCUCCAGCUGUUCUGAACUACACGUUUCAUAAUUAUUCGCCACUGGCUAUGCUGGAUGGAGCUUAAGUCCAAAGCAUCUAGAGAAUCAAAAAUAUCUUUUCCUGGCUUAGACUUUCACCUAACCAUUUCAAACCUGGAUCCUUUUUAUUCUUACAAAUGGUUAUGAAGCUGAAUGAACACAUAAGCAAAAUGCAGCAGUGUUCAGUAUGUUCGAACUCUCUCAGCCUCUGGUUUGCCUUAGGGUUGUCGUAGGUCAGAAAAUGACUUGAAGGCACAAAAACAUCCCAAGUGUGGUCUGACCAAAGCAGAAUAAGUGUCACUACUAUUUUGCUUGAACUGACACUAUUUUCUUAUUGAUACAGCCUGUAACUGCAUUGGGGUUUCUGGGCAUUACAUCACACUGUUGACUCAUGUUUAGUUUGUGGUCUACAAUGUCUAGAUUCUUUAGAACCCCCUGUGCUCCUUGAACAUUUAUACUUUUGCCUUUGUAUUCAUUUGGCUUCAUAACCAGCCUGUUUCUACAACCAGUCUGUUUACACCCAGUGUCAUGCUAGGGAAAAGCUACUUUAAAAAAAACACUUCCCCCCCACAUUCCUUAUCCAUGGUUAGUAAAAUUCAUGGUUAGUAAAAUUCUGGGAAUUAACUGUCUCAAACUCUGAUCAGCCUCUAUUUUGAUGACAGACUCUGUGAAAUGUAGAUUGUUGUAAUGCACUCUACAUGAGGUUUCCCUUGUAGACAACUGAGAAACUUUAACAGCAAUUGAAUGUUGUUGCCUGACUACUGAAGGCAUAGGACGUCAUGAUCCUAUGACAUUAACCUUUACUAUCAUUUGCUGUCAAGUUGACUUUGACUUAGAGUGACCUUAUGAAUGGGAGACUUCCAAGAUCCUGUGACCAACAGCCUUGCUCAGGUCUUGCAAACUCAUGACCAUGGCUUCCUUGAUUGAAUCAACCCACCUGUCAUGCACCCACCUCCCUCUUUCUCUACUGCCUUCCAUUUUAACAGGCAUUAUCAUCUUUUCCAGUGAGUCACAUUAUCUCUUGAUAGGUCCAAAAUAUGACAUAUUCAGUUUAGUCAUCUUUGCUUCUAUUGAGAGACUACACCACAUUAGUUAUCACUUGAUUUAUGAGCCAUAAUUCAUAGAUCUGCUUUACACCUAUAAAUUCUUGUUUCAUGUUCCAUCCUUUCUGGUCACUGGGAUAAUUUUUUAAAAUGGUAAGAUUGUGCCCCUUUUCAUCUUACCUUUUCUUACCAAGUUUUAGAGGCUUCUGGGGAUAUAUAUUGCUAAACUGAGGAACAGGCAGGGGGCAUUUUAAAGAUGACUCUUGUGUCUACACAACUGCCCAUUCCUUGGUUUCUGUUGUAUUAUUUUUCAGUCAAAUUCUAUUUUAUUAUGUUUUCUGGUGGUAAGGCAAGUUUUUUUUUUAUUUUAAGAGGUUUUCAAAAUUGUUGGUGUUCAUUUUAAUCUAUUUUAUAAACUACAGUGGACCCUUGUUAUACGCUGGGGUUUGGUUCCAAGAUCUCCCGUGUAUAACAAAAUCCGUGUAUGCUCAAGUCCCAUUGAAUAUAAUGAC